AGGCCAGCGGGACUGUCAGCUGAGCACCGCUGGGCGGGGUCGCGAGGGCGCACGUCAGCCCCAGGCUUCCGAGCCCCCGCCACCGCCCCCGGCCGGUGCCCUGGUCAGCGUUUGCAUCCGGGUCCGGAGCCCUUUCCCAGCCGGCAAGAUGCCGAGGAAGCAGUGAUCCCGAGGGAGGUUGGAUCCCGAGCGCCGGGAACUGCUGCCAUGUCCCACCAACCACUUAGCUGCCUGACUGAGAAGGGGGACAGCCCCACCGAAACCACAGGAAAUGGACCCCCCACUCUGGCUCACCCAAACCUUGACACGUUCACCCCACAUGAACUGCUGCAGCAGAUGAGAGAGCUUCUAAUCGAGAACCAUCAGCUGAAAGAAGCCAUGAAGCUAAAUAAUCAAGCUAUGAAAGGGCGAUUUGAGGAGCUUUCAGCCUGGACAGAGAAGCAGAAGGAAGAACGCCUUUUUUUUGAGACCCAGAGCAAAGAAGCCAAAGAGCGCCUAACAGCUCUGAGUCUUGAAAAUGAAAAACUGAAGCAAGAACUUGGAAAACUAAAAGGGAAAACUGAAAGGUCAUUUGAGGACCUCACUGGGGACCCCAGGGUCCCCAAGGCGGAAGCAGAACAGGAAGUAGAACAGCUGAAGACCCAGGUGGCACGCCUUCAAGCUGAAAAGGCGGAUCUGCUGGGCAUCGUGUCUGAAUUGCAGCUCAAGCUGAACUCAGGUGGCCCCUCUGAAGACUCCUUUGUUGAAAUCAGGAUGGCUGAGGGAGAAGCAGAUGCAGCAAUGAAGGAAAUCAAGACAAGUCCUGGGCCCAUAAGAACUGAUUCCAUUGACACGAGCAAAUCUGCAGAAGGUACCAGGAAUUAUUUGGAAUUUGAGGAAUUAACUGUGAGACAGCUCCUGCUGUGUCUAAGGGAAGGAAACCAGAAGGUGGAGAGACUUGAAAUCGCCCUCAAGGAAGCCAAAGAAAGAAUUUUAGAUUUUGAAAAGAAAGCCAAGGAUCAUUCUGAGACUGAGACCCAGACAGAAGAGCACAAAGAACAAGAGAAAGAAGAGGAGAAAAGCCCAGAAACUGUUGGAAGUGAAGUGGAAAUGUUAAACCUUCAGGUGACAACCCUGUUUAAGGAGCUUCAGGAGGCUCACACGAAACUCAGUGAAGCUGAGCUCAUGAAGAAGAGACUUCAAGAAAAAUGUCAGGCACUUGAAAGGAAAAAUUCUGCAACCCCAUCAGAGCUGAAUGAAAAGCAAGAGCUUCUUUAUAAUAACAAAAAAUUGGAGCUCCAAGUGGAAAGCAUGAGAUCAGAAAUCAAAAUGGAGCAAGCCAAAACAGAAGACGAAAAGUCCAAAUUAACUACUCUACAGUUGACCCACAACAGGCUUCUUCAAGAAUACAAUAAUGCACUGAAAACAAUUGAGGAACUGAAAAGAAGAGAGUCUGAAAAAGUGGAUAAGGUGGUGCUGCAGGAACUGAAUGGAAAGCUGGAAAUGGCAGAGAAGGCCCUGGCUUCCAAGCAGCUCCAAAUGGAUGAGAUGAAGCAGACCAUUGCCAAGCAAGAGAAGGACCUGGAAACCAUGGCUGUUCUCAGGGCUCAGAUGGAGGUAUACUGUUCCGACUUUCAUGCUGAAAGAGCAGCAAGAGAGAAGAUUCAUGAAGAAAAGGAGCAACUGGCAUUGCAGCUGGCAGUUUUGCUGAAAGACGACAAUGCUUUUGAAGACGGAGCCAGCAGGCAAUCCUUGAUGGAAAUGCAGAGCCGUCAUGGGGCAAGAGCAAGUGAUGCUGACCAGCAGGCUUUUCUUGUUCAAAGAGUGCCUCUGCAGUGAGCCACAGCGAACCCCUGCAUCCCCAGGAGACCCUCAAAAACCCACAGGCAGAAAACCAAAAGCUUUUAGAUAAGAAAAAACAAUUUGAGAAGACUGCUGAAGAGCUAAAACAAGCAGAACAAGAACUAACUGGACUUCUCCAAACCAGAGAGAAAAAAGUACAUGGUGUGGAGAUAAAAUUAGCUGCCAUUGCAACAAGUGAACAGUAUUAUUCAGAACAGAUUAAAGAGCUGAAAACUGAGCUUGAAAAUGAGAAGCUUAAGAAUACUGAACUGCAAGUUGCAAGAGGCUUUCACAGAAGAAAGAACUAGCACAAGAAACAAGUGAUAUGGCCCUAGAAGUCAAGAAACAGCAAGAAGAUAUUAAUAACAGCAAAAAGCAAGAAGAAAGUACUAGCAC